AUAAAUCCCCAAACAGAACCUUCCGUAUUCAAAUGCAGAAGAGAAUCAGUCCGCAUCAAGUACGCUCCUGAUUUCUAAACCCCUCCGGCGAUGGACGACGACCGCGACGCCGGGGACAGCGGCUGGGAUGAUUUCGCCGCGCCGCCGAAUCUGGUGUCUCUCACGCCAUUUUCUCCAUACGUCUCGCCCUCCCCGCGCCGCAUAUCCAGCAACUUCGCGCCGCCCAGCCGCCCUGUUGCGGCGGCUAAGAAAAAGCUCGCGUGGGUCUCCCUCCAAGGACGCCUCGUCGGUGUCGAGGAAGCCAGCUCCGCCCGCACCAUCGGCGGUGGGUUGAGCCCCCAGGAGGCCGUGGCUUGGGAGCUCUUUAGCCCCAUUCAUCGGGUUCUCAUUGUCGCGGUUGUUGCCGUUGCCGCCGCGCAAUCCAAGAAGAAUCGACAGAUAUUGCAGCUCCAGAAGUCCGUACAUCUCAGGGAUCAAGUGUUAUUAAGCAUGCAGCAGAAGCUCGACAACCUCUGCGAGCAGGUGAGUAAUAUGAAGGAUCAGCCAGAAAUUGGGGAUAACAGCUCACUCACCAAGAACAUGGAAAAUGGUUGUUGGCUUUGUGAUAAACACCGGAUUCUAUCAAAUGAUCUGAAGGGCAAUUCUGAUGAGGUGUUCAAGUAUAAAAUGCCCCCAAAUGAAGCAGAACAAGAAGAGCGGCGAAUGUCGGAUUUGUCGGACUGGGCUCUUUCAAGUGUCACGUCUGCAUCAGAACUCCAGAUGAACGGCAUAUCAAUUGAACAAGACAUCUGCAACAUGAAGAGGGAGUGUGAGGAAAAGAAUGCAACCAUAAAGGAGCUAUCUACAUUUCUUCACUCAUCUAAUAUUGCCAGUUCGAAGAGGAUUGCAGAGUUGGAGGACAUGAUACGCAGGAAGAAUCAGAUUAUUAAAAAGCUUAGGAAGGACAUGGUAGUUCUAGAACAGAAGGUUGUGCACCUUACAAGACUUCGGAGACCCUCUUUCUCUGCCCCAAGCUCAAGCAGUAGUGAACUUCCAUUCAUGGCAGAAAACAUUAUCUAUGAUAUGGAUAGUACUACAAGCCCUUCCUCUUCUGAUUCAGAUUGCCCGCCCAAGAGCCGUCCACAGACUCCGGUCACAAAAGUUCAGGAAGGCCCAGUUGGAAGCACUGAACUCUCAUCGAAAAGAACAAAAUCAGCACCUGAAAAGGCCUCGAAUUCCUUGCCAAGACCAUCCAACCGACACGCAAAGCCCCAGCCAGGAGGUCCUCUUAAAGAGAAGUCUCUGAACCAGAGGUCUGACAGUGUUCCUCCUUCGAAGCCAAAGAAGGUAUCAGACAGUGGGGAUCUUAAAACCGUUAGGAGGCGAGCUCAAACCAGAAUGAAGGAGGCACUUCCUCCCAGGAAAUGGAUUUAGUAAUGUUGUAAAAUUUGUCCUUGUAACCCGAAAGAAAUAGGUUGUAGUGACGAUAAAGAGACCUUUUUAGAUUAUCCUUUUGUUGAAUCUCAUAUAAUUCCUAUAUAUGUGAAUGAACACUAUUGCUUAAAUGGCAUUUCAUUUUGUUUGAAUA